AUGAAAAAACCAUUGGAGAGCAUAGAGGCUGAAGUUUGCAAGAACAUCUCAGAAAGCAUUGAAGUGCUUCCGCAAAGCGAAUUGACCCCUGGACAGAAGAUGCUAUUUCAUUUUAGUAACCCCCAGACAAAUAAAAUAGGUAAGGGCCAGGGGCCCUGGAAGACCAAGGCACAGAAUGCAUUCCAAGCCAGCGCGGGCAAGGAGCAAGAAGCAGAGAGAGGCAAAGGCCCAGACACUUCCGCCAUAUUUGCAAGCCUGUCUGACAACAGCCAAAGCAUGGGCACAGCUGAGAGUGGUGCGCGUGCAGACAAAACAGCAGUGGAUGCAACUUUUGAUGCAGAAAAAGCAGAUCAGGGCAGGCCCCAAGCAGAAGAUGCCCAGGAAAGCAGGCAGAGCCAGAAGGCCCCGGAGGAGCUUGCUAGUGACGCCAAAGAAAAAGCAUGCGGGGGCGAAGACCUGGGGGAGGCCCUGAAAGAGGGGAUCCGCCCAGAAGGCAGCACUGAAAAGGAGCAAGGGUCGGAUGUUUUCGUGGAAGAGCAAAAGUAUCAGAAGGAGAUGAAAGCGUUGUUCUCAGGGUUUGUGCUCGCAGUUGAGAAAAAGGUAAAAGAAGAAAUUAAAAGAGAGGAGGCGACCAGAAGCGGAGGAGUGAAAAUAACACAGGAGGAGGCCGAGCAGAUGCAGUGCAGAAUAGAGGCACUGGAAAAGAGCCUGCAAGAGGCGCGGCAUGCAAUGGAAAAAGCUGCGCGAAUUACGCAAGAAAAAGAGUCUCGGUACAUCCAGAGAACAAUGAAAACCGAAACCCUCAUCAAGGAGAAAGACAGAGCCAUUGGGCAGCUGAAAAAGGAGGCCGAGCAGAAGGGCGAAGAAAUAGCCAUGCUGACCCAGGCUGCAAAGGCCAUGCACGCCAGGCCAGGCGAAGCUGUGCAAAUGGAGGACGAGCACCAAAGAAAGUUUAAAGAGCUUCGCGCCACAAUAUCCGCCCUGCAGGAGGAAAUAAAGCAGAUUGGCCUGACCAGCUUGAAGGCAGAAGAAGAGAGCGAGUGCAGCAGCACAGAAGAAGAGUCGCAGAGCUCAGAGAGGGAGCAGGCAGGCGCGGGCGAGAAGGCCCUGCAAGAAGAAGACAGCGUGGAGGUAGCGCAGCACGAAAUAGAAGAGUUUGCAGGCGCGGCGAGUGAGCUUGAAGAAGGCGAGCAGAGCAGGAAAGCCCCCAGCGAGCCCACGCCAGAAUUUGUCUUUUGCCGGAUAAAGGGCCUGCCAGCAUACAUAAUGAACACGCCCCCAAGCAUCCUGAGAAGGCAGUGGUGCGCAAUGACCGGCAUAAAAAAGUGGGAUAUGGGCUUUAUCAUGCCUAUGUCUAAGACCAACAUACAGCUAGCAGUGCCUGUGGAGCAGGCCUCCAUGCUUCUGAACAUAAGCGCAAAGUACAUCGGAAUGGGAGUCCACAACGUCAUGCUGAAAAAGCAUGUGGAUCCGCUCAUGUUUAAAAACAUCUCUAAAGAGGAGAUUCUGGGCAUGCUCAAAACACACGCGCAGCAGCUGGCCUGCAGAACAGAAAUGAAGUACACGCGCCUGUAUAGGCUGGGAAGCCAUAUUUUGCAGUGCAAGACGCUGAGCGAGUUCUAUGAAGGAAUGCCGAAAAAGAAAAAAAGAGUGCAAAAAGGCAACUAG